CACGUGUACAAUAGUAGCCUUACACGUGUACAAAAACACCCUUCAUAAACGUGAAAUAAAGUGGAUACCAUAUUACCAUGUCUUGUAAAGUUGUCAUGUGCUACUGAGUACUGUCAAGGGCCGAUAAUAAAACAUUAACCCGCGCGAAAAUCCAGACCCUAGGAAAAAUUUCAGUUUGUUGACAGGCACGUAACUCAAGGAGUUAUUUAGUGUACAGCGAAAGGAAUUAAUAACUGAUGCAGCAACACACUCAAGGCACAGCACAAGCCUCACCUCGCUGAAAUUUCCAUCUAGCCAGAAGAGGAGUAGCGAAGUAUGUCCCACGGCAGCCAGCUGAGCCGCUGUCACCACUCACCACCGCCUUGCACCUUCAUUGUUUGGAUUGGCGAAUAGCGACGCAGCGACCCAGAGACCAAAGGCUAAAGUUUAUUUGCCCUGCCUGGUGCUUACUCUAUGAUGGAACGAAAAUCAAGUAACACAAGAAUUAAAUUACAAAUUUUUUUUUUUUUUUUUAUUUCCUUGCUCGGUGUAGCCUCGUCAGUGUUUCUCUUACAGUAACAUAUCAUUAUGAGGGCUGCUGUUUAUUUACACCUUUUCCUGCACACGCGUCAAUCUCUCACACGGAUUGGCCAAGCAAAACAGUAUUCUCUAAUUAAAAUCAACACAAACAGAGCAAGAACAAGGAUCAUUGAGUCAUCGUGGCCUUAAUGACUACAACAACAGGAACAACUAACAAGAGCAAGUGUUGGCCCGAAGAAUUCAAAACAGGGCACUGUAAUCGAGGCGAGCGCGCGGGACGGUUUCUCGGGGACAGUGCCCAAAACAGUAUGGACGAGAACAGACACUGCCUGAGGAACACCUGACAGGCUGACACCAACAAACAUCUGCAUCAUUGUGUGUCUCAAUAUCUACGGACAGGAAGGACAGCAACAUGCGUCUCUCGGCAUGGGCUUGUCCCUCUCUGACAGACGAGGUGGUGGCCAGGCUGGAGGCCCAGGGCGUCAGGGGCGUCACUGACCUCAUGCUCAGAGACUGUCAGGACCUGGCCAGGGAAGCUUCUGUCAGUUACAGGGAACUCCGCAGCAUCCGCCGAGUGGCCAUUGCCCACCACUCUGUGUUUGCAGUGUCAGGAAGGGAGUUGCUGCAUCAAGCGAUUCACAACACUAAAGUCUUCUCCACCGGCUGUAAAAUGCUGGACAGGUUGGUGGAGGGUGGCCUGACAACAGGAGAGGUGGUGGAGGUGUGUGGAGGCUCCGGGGAGGGCAAGACCACUCUCUGCCUUCAGCUGGCUCUCCACGCUGCACUAGAGCAAGGCUUAAGUGUCCUCUAUGUUGAUCCUGUGGGCAGCCUCAACCAUCUCAGAGUCAAUCCCUUAGUAGAGGCACUUCCACACGAUUUAAAGGCAGUGGAAGAUGCUCUGAGUCGCAUCAAAGUGACCGGAGCAUCAGAUGUAUGGGAAGUGUUUGCCGCGUUAAGAAUCGCCACACAGCCUUUCAUUCCUGUGAGGUAUGGCCAAUUGGAUGAGGGAGGAGCUCAAGAUGGUGAUUCUAACCUAGCAAAGAUUAAACUCGUGAUUAUUGAUUCCUUGGCUUCUGUAAUGCUGCCUCUCAUCACCAAGGAAGACUCCAAACAAGGUCUUGCCAUUCUAAACCAGUUGGCAGUGAGACUCAAGACUGUGGCUAAGGAGCAGCAGGUGGCAGUGGUGGUGGUAAACAAUGUGGUGCAGGCAGGCAGUGGACACAACAACCUACAACACCACACUGCUAAGCCCAAGUGGAUGCCAGCACUGGGCAGAUUCUGGCGUUCCGUUCCACGUAUUCGCCUGUAUGUCAGGAGAGUGAGAGGAACGGACCCCCCAGUAGUAGUCCGUGCAACUUCUGAGGAUGAGUGUCUGGUCCCUAAGAGUCCACUGGCACUCAAUGUUGCAGUGUGGAAGGGGACAAGGAUCAAGGCUGGCAGGGCAGUAGUCACCCUUCCCUUGACAUCUCUAAGUCAGUCUUCUCAAAGUUCCUCUUAAUGCCAUUACUUUCAAUAACUAUCUGAGUAUACCAUGGAAAUCUCUCUCUCUCUCUCUCUCUCUCUCUCUCUCUCUCUCUCUCUCUCUCUCUCUCUCUCUCUCUCUCUCUCUCUCUCUCUCUCUCUCUCUCAUUUUUAUUUUUUUUAAUUGUUGAAGAUUCCUUAAGAUUCAACUCUAACAAACUUGCUCAAUAUUGUGACUGUUCCACUAUUCUACCUUUGGGCUAUGACCUAAGACCUGUGACUGGUGACCUGUGGGCUGUGAUGGAAGGCAAAGACAUAACACAAGUAGGACAUUUAUUUGAUCUAUUUUUUGAAGUGUUUUGUUGGUGGAUUUGAUGUAUGUCAGAGUUUAAUAAAGUUAAGGAAUAUU